AUGGGUAUUCGUUGCAUGUACCAGGGUCAAACAGUACCACGGGUAGUACCAGAUUCGUAUUUUCUGCAAUAUUCCUCUGCUAAAUGCCUUAUCUCUUCGAAUGCAUGGGUGGUUUGCCAGUUUGCCAAGGAUCCGUCUGUUGAACAUUUAUUGGCCAUCGGUGAUGAAAACGGCUUUAUUCACUUCUUGGAUGCUCGAGAAGAUACUAUAACAAAAUCAAUUUCUGCGGAUAGAAGUUGUGUAAUUGAUGUGUCAUUUGUUGCAAAUCGUCCGAAUAAUUUACUUUCUAUAUCUGGCCAUGCAAAGGUAACAUCAUGGGAUAUUGAACGGCAACUUGCAUUGCAACAGUUUGUGGGUCAUGAGGGUUCGGUCCGCGCUCUUUCUGUAUCAGACGACAAUCCUGAACUUUUUGCAACAGGGGCUCGAGAUGGAACAAUUUGCAUAUGGGAUCGAAGAGAACCGCAAGCCACUGUUGUGCGUCCCUUCAAUCUUCUGGAAAGCACCCAUCCUUUACUAGCUCCUGAACGUCAAAGUAUUGGGACGAAACGAAGGUCGCGCACGUCGGUUUCGAUGAGCUCAAAAGGAAUCACUUCCUUAGUACAUUAUGGUGGAAACACCCUAAUAUCAGCAUCUUCGUCUUUCAAAACAGGUAUUCGCUUUUGGGAUCUCCGUUAUCGUGGCAAAAAUAGUCCAUUUCGUAUUCUUGAAGAUCCUAACAGUACUUCAAUUCGUGAUUUUGGUAUUGCUUCAAUAUGCCUUGAUCGCUUUAGCUCAUCACUUUUUGUUGCAUCCACAGACUCAAAAAUUUAUCAGUAUAGCAUUCAAGGAUUAAAUAAUACACCAGUGGGUAUUUUGCAAGGAGUCAAGCGAACGUCUUUCAACACAUAUGAUUUUAAAAUUGCUGCCUCGCCAAAUUCUGAUUAUAUAAUGUUUGGAGGUGGCGAUUGCUUUGCUGUUAUUUGGGAUUUACAGGAAAAAUAUUCGAGCUUUAAUAAGAGCAAAUUGAAGUAUUUGCCUUAUCCGAAAUAUACAUUAGGUGGUCACCGCUAUGAGGUUACCGUUGCGAGAUUUAGCAAUUGUGGACAUUAUAUUGCUACGAUGGAUGAUUCUUAUCUAAAAAUUUGGAAAUGGAACCCGAAAAGUUCUGAAGAUCAAGAAUCAUCUCCUAUCUCGAUACAGGAUCGUGUUGAAUUAUAUGAAUUGCCUGAAACAGCCAGGGCUGAAAUGUCAAUGAAAGAAUUGGAUCUAUCGAUUUCAACUCCAAAGAAAAAAACACAACGAAGUCCCUUUAAAAGUCCAUUUAAAAGUCCUCUGAAUCGGGUUGGUGUAGAAGGGAAAAGUGGAAGUGGGUCGCCAGUGAAAAAAAUGUUCAAGAUCACUGAACAGUUGUCUCCACCACUCUGUGAUCUUACCAACAAAUCAAGUCACGCUGCACGAAAACUUGAUUUUUCCGGAAUCCCGAUGAAAAAUCGAGUCUUAUGUGCUUUUCAUUUCAAAUAUCCGACGAUGAAUUUACCAGAUUUUGUCAAGGAAAGACUUGCUGUAUCGAACGUGAAUUCAGAGUCGGAAUCGACCAUAUUAGAUAAAGGAAAAAAUUCAGAAUUGAAUAAGCACUCAUCGAAUUCAGAUCGACCAUCCAACUGCUCAAAUAUGAUUUCAAUGAAGGAACGCGCUGACCGCACAUCUCCUCGUAAAAUUCGCGUUAAACAAAGUCUAUGGAAGUCACGUGAACGUAUGCAUCGACAAUCAGUAAAAAUGCCAGCAAAAUCUCGCACCGAUUCACAAAGCUCAAGACAUUCUCAGAAUCCUUCAAUUGAUGUGCGUCAAUUAACACCAAAACCAAGGAAAACGAAUGGGACACAACGAACACUCGAUCAGUAUUUCAGCAGAACACCACGAACUUAUUAG